GAAUCAAGUAAUAUGCCACGAACGGAUGUCACCGAUGAGCAAUUCGAGAAGUUUUUGAGCGAGGGCAACGUGUCGGUAACUGCCGAAACACCGAAUAAGCUCACGUUCCCGAUGCGAUCAACGAAACCUAAUGAUUUGAAUCAUAUUCGUCAUUGUAUUGCGUUCAAUAUCGUCAUGUGUGGUAUAUUGGCAUGA